AUGUCAGGAACAUUUCAGACGCAGCUCAUGCUGUCACGACCAUAUUUGACGCGGGGACAGAUCAAGCGAGCACAGCAAAAUACCAUUCCGGACCGCCGACUUUAUAAUCAAAAAAGACUGUCUGUUUUCAAAUUUUUGUGCGAUAUGUGUAUACAAUUCAAGUUUCCACGCAAAACGCUAGAAACUGCCAUGUAUUUUUACCAGCGGUAUUAUCUAUUCAAUAGAUUUGAAUCUGAGCUGUGCUACGAUGUAGCCACCAGCUGUUUGUUUUUAAGUUGCAAGCAGGUAGAGACAAUGAAAAAAAUUGCAGAUAUAGCAUCUAUGUCGUUGAGACUGCGAAACGUUCUCAAACUGACCCCUGAAGUGAUCGAUAAUUGCAAGAAACGCAUAGUUCAGCUGGAGUUGAGGAUACUCGAAACAUGCUGCUUUGACUAUAGAGUUAACAACUCCGUGCAUAUCGAUGAAAUACUGGCCAAGAUAGCCAAAGGUUUGUCGUUGAGCCGAGAAGUGGCCCAUUUGGCGUGGAUCAUUGCAUUCGACGCUUUAAAACUAGAGAUUCUUCUAAUGGUUCCCCAGCAUACAACGGCGCUAGCGGCCCUUAAAAUGGCAUGUGAGCUCACCAAAGGAGCGUCGUGGCCGAACAUACGAUAUUCGCUUUUCGAAAGCGAUGAACCGUCGGUCAGUGAAGCAUAUUUUGAUCUGUUGAAUUUCUUCAUCAAUGCUUUCGACCUCACGGAUUUCCGCGUCAAUUUACCAGAAGAUCUUCGAAAUACGGGCAUAGAGACAUUUAUGGAUUUGAAGAAGCAGGCAGGCGUCGAAAAAGGAUUAAAGGAGCCUGAUAACGUGUCCUCGGAUUUGUCACUCACCAGUGAAUGGAAUCCUGGGAUUCGCGAGAGAAGAUACGUUCUGUCACGAAAGAGGCUCAAUGACGAGAGACUAGCCAAGAGCAUUACGAAACGGGAAAAAACUUGA